AUGUCUUCAGGAGGGAGAGAGGCCCUGGUAUGGAGAGGACUAAUCCUCAUGGCUGUGGUGAUAAUGGUUAGCUGCAGGUUCGUGGAUUCCAGAGCCGUUCGAGAACCUUCGGUGGUCAGCAACGACGACAAAGUAACUUAUGCCUCAGCGCACGGCGGGCCUCCUCUGGCAGCUGAGCUCCGCCGGGAUCGGCAGUCUACACCCGUUCUGAUGAGCUUGCUGAGCAUGUUGGGUUCGGGGCCAAGCCGGAAAGGGCCCGGCCACUGA